AUGGCCGACCAAUCCUUACGCUACCACAAAGGAGGGCUACAUCCCGUUCAUCUCGGUGAUACGUUUGCUCAAGGGCGCUACCAAGUGAUCAACAAGCUUGGGUCUGGCAUCUCUUCGACUGUGUGGCUCGUGCAGGACUCCAAAACCAGCACUUAUGCUUCCCUUAAAAUCCUUGAGGCGCGGAGAUCCAAGUCGUCUACUGAACUGGUCAUCAUGAAGCACCUCAAUGCAACGUUCGAUGCAGAGGACGAGGGGAGCAAAUAUGUCAUACGAAUGUUGGAUCAUUUUAUCCACACGGGUCCCAACGGCAAGCAUCUAUGCAUAGUACAAGAACUCCUUGGCCCCCCUCUGUCUGUGGACAUCGAUUUCUACUCACUGCGCUCGGCGCUGCCAGAGGGCAUAGCAAGUCGCAUCAUCGGUCAAAUCCUCCUCGCGAUCAACUAUCUUCACAAACGGGGAAUUGCUCACGGAGACCUGCAUUCUGGGAACUUUCUCUUGUGUCUACCACCGUCACUUGACAUUCGAGACUUGGGCGAGGCAGAGGAGGACAAGAUGCCGCGCACUCACAACCCUUCUCCUCACCAACCUCGAUACCUCGUGUGGCCGUACAAAAGGAGUUUCGAAAUCCUUCAAUUAUGCCUGGUCAGACCUUCCAUCAAGCUCUGCGACUUCAGCCAAUCGUAUAUGGCCGGGAUAGCCAAACCACCCCAACUUGGCUCCCCCCUGUGCUUCCGUCCACCAGAGGGAAUCAUUGCCGAGCCGCCUCAUGCCACGCUGGCCAGCGAUAUCUGGGCCUUGGCCACCGUCAUCUGUCAGAUCAUCACCGGUGGGCAAUUGUUAUUCGCCGACGCCGCCGCCCUUUUGCCGGAGGGUCCCGACAUGAUUCUCAACGCAAUACUCGGUACGCUGGGUAAAUUUCCUGAGCCCCAUUGGUCAAAUUGGACGAAUCGAACAAAGUACCUUGCUCCAGAUGAGCCAGUGCCUACAGGGUACCAGGUUUCGUUCCGAGAGUGGCUGACGGAGGAGGAAUCUGCAGAGGCGUUGAUAACGCUGAUAAACUCCAUGCUGGAAUACGACGAGAAGAGCAGAAUUUCGGCGGGCGACAUCAUACACAGUGACUGGAUGAGAAAACACUGUCGGCUAUAUAUGGGCGACGAUGUAGUCUUAUCGACUGAGCGGCGUCAAUAUCCCAUCGUAACAAAGACUCUGAGCAGCAUAACUCACGCGCACGAAGCUACGACUCCCUCUAAAUGGAUCCAAGUAACCCGCCGGCAUGGAAAGAAGACUCGGACGAAUGCGCUGUUGUACUAA